AUGAAGGCUAAUAGGCACGUCAAGCCCAGCAAUGCUCCGCCUUCCUCUUUCGCUGGACAGAGAAGAGCUGCCUUCACUACCGAGAUGAAUACCAUGAAUCUAGAUGUCCUCGCCCGGAUGCGUGCAAAUCUCCAGGCCCGCCAGCACGCGAGUAAGGGUGAUGUCCAUAGAAGCCAUUCUGUAGGAGGGGAUGCUGUGAAGAAUAUACGGCCAUCUUCCACAAACGAAGCGCAUCGCACCGAGUCUCGUAAGAGAUCACAAACCGCAAGCUCCCGGGACGUGAGCAAAUUGCAAAUAGGGUCUUUUACUUCUGUUCCGGCAAAACGCAGUAGAAAACGCACUAAGAGGCAGAGCCUCUCGCGUCCAGUCUCCACACGUUCAUGCCCCCCUCCACAGGAAAAUCUGCAAUACCUAGAGCAGUCUCGUAGAAGGGCUUAUGACACUACUUCCCAGUACGAUUCUAGUGAUACUUACGAGUACAGUGAGUACACAGAUCAAGAAUUUAGUCCGCGCCCCCAAAGAGCGCUCACAAGAAACACGGAAGAGUGUCAGUCUAAAUAUAAAGAAAAACUCACUAGCUCUAAGGGCGUUAUUCCCGCAGGAGGCUAUAGUACUGUGGAAAGCAUUAUACGUAAGCGUGAUAAUACGUUGGAUGAGGAUUUACUCAGCACUGGUAGCUAUUCCAGCUGUGAAGACGGAGAGUAUAGAGUAGGCGAUGGCCGUAAGGUUGCCGAUUUUGGAGUUCAAGCAAACACAGGUACCCCGGAACACGUUCUUGCACUUGCAGAGCUUCUUCGCUAUCAAACGCAGGUCAAGCAGACGGCUCCGCGUUUCAGCCUGGUUCCCUCCAUAAGUAACAGUGUCAGUAGACGAGAAAGCCGGCAGGGCUCACCUCAAAGGUCAGCCAUGAUGGAGCUCAACCAAACGGUCACGGAUGACCCUCUUAGCCUUCAGUUCCCCGGGCUGCCUGUUGCGUUGGCUGAGCACUCACCAAACUCAUCUGUGCCGAUAGUUCUGGCCAAGCCUGAAGAAAUGAAGAUGCCCAGUAUGACCUCAUCUCAGGCUAAGGUCCUUGGGCACAAAAACCCGGUUCUCGAGGACCUUCGUGGCAACCCAGAACUGAGCAAAAUCUAUAAAAUCUUUCAGCAGGAUAGCUACUUCGUUAAUCUUUCUUUCGACCUGCUUUACUCCACAGAUGCGUGGCGCGCAGGAUUCAACCAUCUAAAAGAGGUAAUCUAUAGAGACAUAUAUGAAGAGAGAGCUGCCACUCUGCAAGAAAUGCAGACAGCUCAAACUCUCAUCCAGGGGUAUGAGGAAACAACGGAAACGCUCAACCAGGAAAAUCAAGCAUUGACAGAAAAGCUUCGUGUGGUCAGCGAAGAGGCCGAGAAGAUCCUUGGUAUGCACGGCAUGCUAGACUUUGACUUGCAAAAGGUGGUUGCUGAAAAGACAGCCUUGGAAACACAAAGCAUAGGUUUGCAGGACAAGAUCAAGGAGCUAGACAAAGAACUUAGCUCAGUCAAAGCGGAGAAGCUGCUUCUUGAAGAAAAAAUAAGAACACUACACGACGAAUUGGCCCAGAAAGAGCAACGCAUAAACAAGUCUGUCGAAAAAGCCCGUGAAUUUAAGGAUCAGCUUGACACGUACACACGGGAAGGACAAGUAGAAAAAAUGCGCGAUAUGAUUAACACUCUCAACGAGCAGCUGGCUGAACGAGGGCUGCAGGUGCGCGAUAGGUCAGAUGCUGUUGAGAAGCUUGAAAAGCGCGUUUCGAAACUUACCUCUAUCAACCAAGCACUGGUUAUUGAGCGCGAAAAGUUUAUCUACCGUCUUGAGGUUAGCUUGAUGACCACAGAGGACAAGCUUGGUGCACUGAUUCGUCUGAGAGAACGGGUCCGAAGGCUUCGAGAAGACAAGCUGCGAGUCACGACAGAGUUAAAGGAAACUGCUGCAAAGUUGGAGAAAAUGCAAGAAAUCGGCAAAACAUUAAAAGGCACCUUGAAGACGCGAGAAGGCGAGCUCAAAGAGUUUAAGGUCGAGUAUAACAGGAUGAAAGAGGAGUUCGAGGCGAUAUCCGCCGAUUUUAACUAUAAAGAAGCCAGAAUUAACAAUCUGGAGCAGCAGCUGGAGCUGUACAAGCAGGAACUGAGCAAUUUACGGCAGGAAAUGAAAGAAAAAGCAGAUAUGUUCCAUGACGUCACGGUCAACUCUUUAGACAACCAGCAGAGGAUUGUAACGGUUGCUGCUCUCAACGAUCGGGUGCAGCAACUUGAGAGCGACAAAUCAGAACUUAGGCAGCAAAUUGCAGAGCUUAAGGAGGAGCUUUCCUCUGUCCGUAAGGAAAACGCUGCUAUAACGACGGAAAAGGAGCAUCUAAUAAAUCAAGUGGCCAUUGCCAAGGAAAAGAUAUCCUAUCAUGAGCUUCUGUACACUGAUCAGAAAAAGAUGUUGGAGGACACAGAAAACCAGAGGAUCGACCUUCAUAAUACCUAUUUGAAGACGCAGAGCACCAUCGCCGAGCUGAAGUUGAACUACGAGACAAGCAAACUUAGGCAGGACAGUCUGGAGGCAGAGAACGCAAAGCUCAUUAAGUCAUCUGAAGUCCUUAGCGGCGAACUAGACUAUCUUCGAAAGGAGAACGAAAAUCUCCGGCUGGACAAGGGAACUGACGGAGACGCUCUGCGAAAGCUUCAGCAGGAAUUUGAUCACCUUUCUGCCAAGUACACGAACCAGACACAGGACGUGGAAGAUAAGCAGUUGCGGAUACAGGAGCUGAUAUUCCAAAACGAUCGCAUGAUGAAAUUCAUAGAAGAGGUGAAGGACAAUUACAGGGGUGAUAACGUGGUUAAUUUGAUUAACGAAAACCUACGACUGAAGACAGACCUCGAUAAUCUGAUGGCCAUUAAAGGAGAUGCGCUAGGGAAAACGGCGUCGCUGGUCAGCGAAAACAACGAGAUGAAAGAGACUGUUUCGAAGCUCCACAUCGAUGCAGCAACCAAGGAUGCUCAGCUUGGGCGAGCAUACAACCAGAAUGAGACGCUCAAUAAGAAGCUUUUGCUAUUGACAAAAGAAAAUAAAGAUAUCAGGGACAAGCUCGCAUUCUUGGAGAACAAAGCCAAGUCUUAUGAAUACAAGAUAGAAACAUUAAAGCUUGAGCUUGAAAAGCGUAACAGGCUGCUUGCGGCACGGGAGCUGGAAGUUAGUAAGCUACGUGCAAUGUGUGUGAAGCUGACACAAGAAUAG